AACAAACGAACGAACACCAUCAACGCAAGAAGUUGUUCAAGGUCCGUCGUAACAGAAAAAAAAAGCCGAAAGGUCGUCGCGUUUCGUUUUUCGUGAAUUUUCAUAUUUUUUCAUCAAUUUUCUCAGUUGAUUUGUGCGGAGUGCGUUUUCCAGGUUGCAGGGAAGUGAAAAGUGAUAGAAUUGAUCUGGGAAGUGUAGUGUUUGCAGGGUAAUUUCGGAAUCAAAAAAUUUGGUAUUGAGCAUGAAUCGAGGAGGAGCAGCUGAUGCAAAAACUCCGUUGAAGGAUGGCGCAAACGCCGGGGAGCUUUCCCGGGCGACGAAAUCUGGCCGGAAGGUAAAGCGUCCAGCCCAUUUCGAUGAUUCUCCGGAUGCAAAAAAACUUGCCUCUGAGCUGACGAUGGAAAAUGUUACUCCGAAAAAGAAAGAGAUUCCGGAAGUUGUCAAGAAGUCUGCUCGUAAGACACUUCUUAAGACCCAGUCGGAGGAUUCUCCCUUGAAAACAAAUGGAGAAAUGACGGUUGAUGUGGUGGUGAAGAAGUCUGCCAGAAAGACGCUGGUCAAACAGGCAGCGCAAGACGAGGAAGCAGAACCGACCCAUAGAUCGUCUCGUAAGACAAUUGCCGCUAUUUCCAAGGAGGACUCGCCUGAACCGGAAGUGUUUAAAAAAUCCGCACGUAAAACGAUGCUGAAAUCGGGAGUCAAAAAAUGUUCGGAACAAACACUGGACACGGUUAAAAAUGAGAAACCAGAAGUGGAAACACUCACAAAGUCUGGCUAUGUCAAGAAAGUUGAGGAAGAAGAAAAUGAUGCUCCGGGAGUUUCUCGCACAGGUCGGAAGAUCAAAAUCCCGGCCCAUUUAAAGGAAUUUGAUGAUGUAGUCGUGCCGAGUCCAAAGAAGGAAGCCCUAGAAAAGGCAUCAGUGCGUAAAUCCCUCGCACCGGUUGCUGUUAAGAAGGAGGAAGGAAUUCCCAAAACACCUGGUAGAGCAAGAUCGCUGGCUCCAUCACAAAAGGCACCGGAACCGGAGCCAAAAGAAAUAAAAAAUGAACCCAAAACUCCACGACGAGGAAAAUCUUUGGCUGCGCGUAAAUUGGACGAUGAUCCUUUAGCUUUACCAUCGAGUCCCGAGGAGACCAAGAAAGAUAAGCGAUUGGCAAAGUCUCCAAAAAACAAUAAAAAUGCAGCUGUGGAUCCACUGGAACUAAAAGCGGAUGAAAUUCCUGUUAAAACUCCCAAGCGAGGAAAAUCAUUGGCAGCUCCCGAAGUAACUAAAACCCCAGUCCAGGAUAAAGCUCCAGCCAAAACUCCUUCAAAGCGGGGUAAGUCGAUGAUUGCAUUGUCCCCGGAAAGGUCUUCAAGAACACCCAAACAGGCCGUUUCAUCUAAACUCAUUGAAGAUUCAACCAACUCGGAACCUAUGUCCCGUUCCGGACGGAAGAUCAAGCCGAAAAAAUACUUUGGCGAAUUUGAAGAGGAAGAACCGGUUGCACCACCACCUUCGCUUCCAAGUAAGGUUGCUUCUCCUGUCAAGGUUGUUGCCAAAAGUUCUCCAGCACCGAAAAAAGAGCCGCCAGCAAAAGUCGCUUCUCCGAUCAAAGCCAUAGUCAAAAGUUCUCCGGUGACGAAAAAAGAAUUGCCAACCAGGGUCAGUUCCCCGGCUAAGGUCCUACACCGAAGUCCGACUGUAACCAAGAAGGAAUCUCCCCCCAAGAGAAUUGCUUCCCCGGUAAAACGACAUCUUGCAACUAAGGUGGAGUCCCCUUCUCCGAACAAGAAAGCCAAACUGGAGCAGAAACUCACCGUCAUCAAGUCUGAUAAUUCAAAGAAGCUGGACGAAAUUUCGCCCAACACCGAAGAACGGCAGAUCACCAAACGGGGAGUGAACGAUCAUCACCACGCCACGAAGGACAGUUCGCUUCCGGGGGCGGACGGCGCAGAAGAAACUGCUGAAGUCGGAUCCUCAGAUGCCAAGAAGAAAAACCCAACAACAGAAGCACCAGUCGACGAGCAAACCGCAGUUGAAGAAAAUAAACCAAAACGCGGUCGAAAGACGAUUACGGCCGAACCUGCAAAACCGAAGGAAACUGCCGCUGUUGAAGAACCAAAACCAGCCGUACAGCAACAAGCGGAUAAGCCAAAACGGGGGCGCAAAACUCUCCCGGCGCCGACUGCGGAAUCAUCCGAUGAAGCAGAGGAGCCAGCACCAGCGAAAGCCCCCAAAACUCCAACUGCCCGUCGCAUGACAACCGCCUUGGUUCCGGCGGCUGCUGCCACCGAGGAUGUUGGAAGCAGCCGAUCCGGCAGAAAAAUUAAACCGAAGAAAUUCUUCGGUGAGGAUGAACCGGCGUCGACUUCCAAGCCGCCAAAGACCGCUACAGCAAACGGCGCCCCAGCAGGUACUGGUGGCCGUGGGAGAAGGAAGACUUUGGCCGCUGAACUGGACAAAGCUGACAGCGCUGAAUUGAAAGAUGAUAAAGUCGAUGAAGUGGUAGCAGUUGCUCCGAAAGCGGAAGUAGAGGAGUGUCCAUCCCGAGAGGAAAUUAUGACCGUCGUUGGCAUUGUGGAUCCUGUUGUUCCAGUCGAAAAACCUAAGGAGGAAGAGAAGAUGGAGGUAGACGAAGCACAACCGACCAAUCAAAAGGAGGAGGGGCAUGAGGAGGAACAUGCUGAGGAGCCAGUUCCAGUAGAAGAAGAAAAUCUUCCGCAAGAAUCGAAAACGGAAUCGAUCACCACCCCCGUAGUCGGUGCGGAACCAGAGCAAGAAGAAGAAGCGCCAUCAGUGGUUGAAGCAGAUCCAAUCGCUGACGACGCUCCCGUUCAAUUAGCGGAAACUGUCCAAGAAGAUCAAAUCCAAUCGGUCGAACCAGAAGAUGGUGAUGACGAUGAAGCAGAUCAUGUGGAGCAAAAAGUAGAAAACGAUUCAUGCACAGCGUUGGAACCGGAAACGGUAAAGUCAUCGGAGGAGGAUUUUCAAGAAACCUCCAUUCCCCAGACGUCUCCGCGUCCCAGUCAAACGAUGGAGGAAGUCCCAAAAAGUCCUGCUCAGUUACUUGAGGAACCGCCAGUGGUGGAACAAACUGAUCUUGAGGCGAUGCCAGACGAUAUUGCUGAAGAAAUCGAGAAAAUUCCAGAAUCGCCAGAAGAAACUGAAGAUUUUGCACAAAUAAUAGAGCAGGGGGGAAACGAUAAAACAUUCGACAUACCCGUUGAAAUGUCUGAAGAAGAACAUGGUACUGAAAUUCUUCAAACUUGCAACGAAGAAGAAGCAGUUCCCUCUUCGGCAACGGAAAUCGUCCAGCAAACAGCUGAAGUUUCUGCAAGUAGCAGUUUUUCGGAAGCAUUGCUGGUAGAUGAUGAGGCUGCUGAACAACGUUGUAAUGACGUAGCUGAGAUCACAGGUUCACAGUAUGAGUCCGUAGAAUUCCUUGAAAUGUCAGGCGCAAGCACCGCUGCUAAUGAACCAGAAAUGCAAGAACCAGAACCAGUUCAAACUGCAUGCACGAAUGGUCAUGAACAGGAAGAGCAAGUACCGAAUCGAAUUGUCACACCUGAUUUGGAAGAUGAUCUUGAUAACACCGAAGCGCCAUGCAUGGAUGAUAUUGACGAUGAAAAGGAAGACGAACUACUCGAGGAUGUCCCAGAGCCUAAAGAUGCAACAUUUUCGGAAAGAGACCGUGACAAUGAGUCAAUCAUUGUGAUACCUGAUACCCCUAAACCGCCCAAGUCCGAACUCGACGAAGAAUUUGACCUGACCGACAAGUCAUUCGAUCCACAAACAUCGCAGACCACGGUCGCAAGACUUGAUCUGCACCACUCGCCAGUGGUGAAAAAAGAAAUGGUACCGGCAACUCCCAAAACACCGGACACAAAACCUAUCAAAACGUCGUGCAGUCCUGAUAAACCGGACGUUCAGGAGCAAGCAAAUGUUCCAAACGAGGUAAUCGAAAUCACAGACAGCCCCAUUGCACUCAUCGAUCCGAAGCUACGUCAGACAGAGGAUUCCGGCAGUCUUACCAGUACUCCGCUGAAGAUGGGUUCAAAAAUGACGACCACGGAAAAGUUGAUUCAGAACAGCCGAAAAAGGUCACUCUCAGCAAGCGAUGCGGAAAUCGUCAAGAAAAACGUCACAUUCCACAGCCCUGCCAACAGCACCAUGCUGGUCGACACCAUCGACGAACGGUUGAAGAAGAAAAACGAAAGUGCUACCAAAAUGCCCCAGGGACAUAGAAAGCGGUCGCUUUCGGAACACAAAGAUGCUCAUCUGGAUGGACCAAAACCAUCAAAAAUUAGCAAACUGCCCAACUUUAAGAGUAUUCACCAGCAGCAAUUCAAUCGUAUGGAAUCAAUUGAAGAGUUCCACAAUCGGAAGGUUCAACGAGCCAAGGAUAUUCUGGCCACCAGCACCGUCAAGAGCCCGGCAGCGACUGCUCUUGUUAGGAGUGCUGAGCGUCCACCAAUGCAAAAAUCCAUUAGCCUUCAACAUAAAUCUCCAUAUAAAACCGGCAACGGCUCUUCAUCGUCAUACCAUCAUGCAUCCUCGAAACCCCAUGUCGUGCGUCCGCUAAUUCCGAAAACAUCGGAAUCACACCACCACAAACUGCCGUCCGAUGCGGAACGGCAAGAAAAGCGCCAGAAACAGUUCCAGACGGUUUUCAAAACCAAAUCCCUAGAUAGUGGUUCGGGAUCGGCCGGCGCAUCGGGCAAGGACACUCCGGACGGUGCGCGCCGCGUCAUUGAGCAAAGCCGGCACAAGCAAAACCAGAUCCUCAAGGGUGUGCGGACGAACAAACGGUUUGAACUGCUGAUGAAGUACCGUGACGCGCAGGAAUAGGUUCUUUGAGGUUUUGUUUCGGUAUUUUCUGGUCCCAGUUAGAGAUAAGCAAGAUAAUUAGUGACUGCAGUUUAUUCUAGUUCGUAGUUUUAGUCUCUUAUUCUUCUUAUUUCGUUAAAUUUAUCUUUCUACCGCAAUAUUAACAAAGCGAACAUUAUUCGCAAACAUUUUUUUUGGUAUUGAGAUAAGGACUUCUGAUUUAUGUUUUGGCAUUUUUUUGUUUUAUUGAAUGAAAUAUUAACAAUUCUACAAUAAUUGUACGGAAUCGUUUGAUGAACACGACAAUUGAAUUUAUACUAAAACCAACAUUUUCAAACUGUUACUAGCAUAUUUUAGAAGCAUCCCUUUAACUAUUAUAGUUGUAAAGUCCUUCCAGAGGAUCAAACAAACAUGUAAAGAAUCAACCAAGCUGAGACAUCAUUAUCCAAUAAACAGAAAUAAUGAAUAAAUGAUAUUA